GUCCAGGAUUGGAACACAGGCAGAGACCGGUGGGCGACAGUGGCUGCAGUCCUAGAGGAAAAACACCCAGAGCAGGAGCGAUGUGGUCCAAGAUGCCACUCCUGUACUUGUCCCACCUGCUAAGGUUAUGGCUGCUACUGAGCCAACUUCCCAGAGGGAUCCCCGCUCAGAAUGACAACGAUAUAAUUAAGGCAUGCAGACGCGAGUUAGUCCGCCUACAUAUCCAGAUCUGCGGCUCGGUCUCCUGGGGGGGAAAGGCUCUCCAGAAAGCACGGGAACCUCGGCAGGCAUCUGAACCACUUGCAGAAAUCGAGCCAUCCUCCAUCAUCAAUACAAAAACCUUAAAUACAAUGUUGGAAUACAUUCCUAAUUUGUCACAGGAGCUGAAGGCAACACUGUCUGCGAGGCAGCCAUCAUUACAAGAGCUACAACUUGCACUGGAAAGUUCAAAUCUUAACUUGGAAGAAUUGAAGAAAAUUGUUUUUAGUGGACAAUAUGAAGCUGAAGAGAAAAGUCUUUCAGAAUUAGAAAACUCAGGCUUAGAUAAACAUUCCCGAAAAAAGAGACAGCCCUAUGUAAACUUAAGUGAGAAGUGUUGUCAUAUAGGUUGUACCAGAAAAGAGCUUGCUAUACUAUGCUGAGAUGAAAGUAUUGUGUAUUUCAUCUACUGUUCCCAUGAUUCUUGAUGACACAUU